AUGGGGGGGCAGGUAGCUGACCAGGUGGGCAGGGUUGGGGGCGGGGCAGUAGAGCCGCGGGGGCGGGGCUGGCUGCGACGGCCAAUGGCAGCUGUAGUAGUGGGCGGAGUGAUGGUGAGGGGGCGGAGCCUCAUAGGUCAGGUGUACCACAGGGGCGGAAGGAGCAGCAGAGGAGAGAGGGAGGAGCAGAGAGAGCAGCAGAGAAGAGAGGGAGGAGCAGCAGAGAAGAGAGGGAGGAGCAGCAGAGAAGAGAGGGAGGAGCAGCAGAGAAGAGAGAGGAGCAGCAGAGAAGAGAGAGGAGCAGCAGAGAAGAGAGAGGAGCAGCAGAGAAGAGAGGGAGGAGCAGCAGAGAAGAGAGGGAGGAGCAGCAGAGAAGAGAGGGGAGCAGCAGAGAAGAGAGAGGAGCAGCAGAGAAGAGAGAGGAGCAGCAGAGAAGAGAGAGGAGCAGCAGAGAAGAGAGAGGAGCAGCAGAGAAGAGAGAGGAGCAGCAGAGAAGAGAGAGGAGCAGCAGAGGAGAGAGGAAGGAGCAGAGAAGGGGGAGGAGCAGCAGAGAAGAGAGGGAGGAGCAGCAGAGAAGAGAGGGAGGAGCAGAGAAGAGAGGGAGGAGCAGCAGAGGAGAGAGGGGGAGGCAGAGGAGAGAGGGAGCAGCAGCAGAGGAGAGAGGGGGAGGAGCAGCAGAGGAGAGAGGGGGAGGAGCAGCAGAGGAGAGAGGGGGAGGCAGAGGAGAGAGGGAGCAGCAGCAGAGGAGAGAGGGGGAGGAGCAGCAGAGGAGAGAGGGGGAGGAGCAGCAGAGGAGAGAGAGCAACAGAGAAGAGAGGAAGGAGCAGAGAAGAGAGGAAGGAGCAGAGAGAGAGAGGAAGGAGCAGAGAAGAGAGGAAGGGGCAGAGAAGAGAGGAAGGAGCAGAGAAGAGAGGAGCAGAGAAGAGAGAGGAGCAGAGGAGAGAGGGGGGAGCAGAGGAGAGAGGGGGGAGCAGAGAAGAGAGGGAGGAGCAGAGAAGAGAGGGAGGAGCAGAGAAGAGAGGGAGGAGCAGAGAAGAGAGGGAGGAGCAGAGAAGAGAGGGAGGAGCAGAGAAGAGAGGGAGGAGCAGAGAAGAGAGGGAGGAGCAGAGAAGAGAGGGAGGAGCAGAGAAGAGAGGGAGGAGCAGAGAAGAGAGGGAGGAGCAGAGAAGAGAGGGAGGAGCAGAGGAGAGAGAGAGCAGCAGAGGAGAGGGGGAGGAGCAGAGGAGAGAGGGAGGAGCAGAGGAGAGAGAGAGCAGCAGAGAAGAGAGGGAGGAGCAGAGGAGAGAGUGGGAGGAGCAGCAGAGGAGAGAGGGGGAUGAGCAGAGGAGAGAGGGAGGAGCAGAGAAGAGAGGGAGCAGCAGAGGAGAGAGUGGGAGGAGCAGCAGAGGAGAGAGGGGGAGGAGCAGCAGAGGAGAGAGGGGGAGGAGCAGCAGAGGAGAGAGGGGGAGGAGCAGAGGAGAGAGGGAGGAGCAGAGGAGAGAGAGAGCAGCAGAGGAGAGAGAGAGCAGCAGAGAAGAGAGGGAGGAGCAGAGAAGAGAGGGAGGAGCAGAGAAGAGAGGGAAGAGCAGAGAAGAGAGGAGCAGAGAAGAGAGGGAGCAGCAGAGGAGAGAGUGGGAGGAGCAGCAGAGGAGAGAGUGGGAGGAGCAGCAGAGGAGAGAGGGGGAGGAGCAGCAGAGGAGAGAGGGGGAGGAGGAGCAGAGGAGAGAGGGGGAGGAGGAGCAGAGGAGAGAGGGGGAGGAGGAGCAGAGGAGAGAGGGGGAGGAGCAGAGAAGAGAGGGAGGACCAGAGGAGGAGCGAGGAGGAGCAGAGAAGAGAGGGGGAGGAGCAGAGAAGAGAGGGGGAGGAGCAGAGAAGAGAGGGAGGAGGAGCAGAGGAGCAGCAGAGGAGGAGCAGAGGAGGUUAGAGGAGGAGCAGAGGAGAGAGGGAGGAGGAUCAGAUGAGGUUAGAGGAGGAUCAGAUGAGGUUAGAGGAGGAUCAGAUGAGGUUAGAGGAGGAUCAGAUGAGGUUAGAGGAGGAUCAGAUGAGGUUAGAGGAGGAGCAGAGGUGGUUAGAGGAGGAGCAGAGGUGGUUAGAGGAGCAGCAGAUGAGGUUAGAGGAGCAGCAGAUGAGAUGAGGUUAGAGGAGGAGCAGAGGUGGUUAGAGGAGCAGCAGAUGAGGUUAGAGGAGCAGCAGAUGAGGUUAGAGGAGCAGCAGAUGAGGUUAGAGGAGCAGCAGAUGAGGUUAGAGGAGGAGCAGAUGAGGUUAGAGGAGGAGCAGAGGAGGUUAGAGGAGGAGCAGAUGAGGUUAGAGGAGGAGCAGAUGAGGUUAGAGGAGGAGCAGAUGAGGUUAGAGGAGAGCAGAUGA